AGCUGACUGGGAGAAGAGACUGCCCAAACAUAACCCAAAAGCCUGCUUAGAGCUCAACAGGACAGAAUCUCUGUCUUGGGGAGCUCAACAAGCUCACUCUGCUUCCAAUUUGUGCUCUCUUCUUACAGACUGAGUUUUGUUAUCUGUUCAUCCAGAUCCAGGUGUUCUGUUCACAGUUUGAAUAAAUCCCCAGCUGGAAGUUUGAGCGUGGUUUUAACUACCGGCCUGGAUGAAGCUUGUCUUCUGAAUCAAAGUAAUCUGAUAUCUACUUAAAACUUGGGGCCCUUUUGUUCAGUUGGAAAACGGUGGGGAAAUAAACUGCAUACUUGGAAAGAGAAAAAUCUGAGCAAAGAUUGUCAGAUUUGUGGCUGGCUGAGGAGUUGGAAACUGGUAUGGCUGUUGCCAAGAGCAGUAGCAACAGGGAAUCAUCAAUAGGGCCAUGCAAUUCUUACAAAGUCUUGAGCUUAACUUCCUCCAUCUUGGAUGCAAAUGAAACCUCAAAUCUACUGGAUCGGUAUAGUCUUGGAGAGCAACUAGGUUGGGGGCAAUUCGGUGUUAUUAGGGCGUGCACUGAUAAGUUUACCGGAGAGGUGUUGGCAUGCAAAUCAAUAUCUAAAGAUCGAUUAGUGACGUCAGAUGAUGUCAGUAGCAUAAAGCUUGAGAUUGAAAUCAUGACCAGGUUGUCUGGGCACCCAAAUGUUGUAGAUCUUAAGGCGGUGUAUGAAGAGGAAGAGUACGUUCAUUUGGUGAUGGAGCUCUGUGCAGGAGGGGAGCUUUUCCACCAGUUAGAGAAACAUGGGCAAUUCUCUGAAUCUGAUGCGAGGGUUCUCUUUAGGCAUCUGAUUCAGGUAGUUUUGUAUUGUCAUGAAAAUGGAGUUGUCCACAGAGAUCUGAAGCCUGAGAAUGUUUUAUUGGCCACAAAAGCCUCCUCAUCUCCUAUAAAAUUGGCAGACUUUGGUCUUGCAACUUAUAUCAAGCCUGCAGGUCAGAGUUUGCACGGUUUGGUGGGAAGUCCGUUUUAUAUAGCGCCUGAGGUACUUGCCGGGGGCUAUAAUCAGGCUGCUGAUGUUUGGAGUGCAGGGGUAAUUCUUUACAUUCUUCUGAGCGGAAUGCCACCAUUUUGGGGGAAGACAAAGUCAAGUAUAUUUAAUGCUGUUAGGACAGCUGAUCUGAGGUUCCCAUCUGAUCCCUGGGAUGGCAUUACUGAAUCAGCUAAUGAUUUGAUUCGAGGAAUGCUCUGCAAAGAUCCAUCUAAAAGGCUCACCGCACACCAAGUAUUAGAUCAUUCCUGGAUGAAGAAUACUGAAUUCCUUUAUAAACUACCUAGUCAACGUAAAACUCUAGGUUAUGGAGGAUGUGACGGGUGCAAUAGCUCAUUUACCGCCUCAUUUAUGUCCAGGAGUCAGGACAUCAGCUUUGGUACCGUGUCACCUAGUAUAUGUGAAGCCCAAUCCCCUACGUUCACAUGCAGGUCCUCGUUUUCUUCUUUCCUGGUAGAGCCAUCUACUCCUUGCUUGGCAUCUGGUGGAUUGUCGUUCAGUAGCAAUGGCGUCUCCAAUUGCCUGGAAUUCUCCUCCCCUGUUUCCUCAAUGCCUAGCUUUGCGUUCUUCAGCCCUAGUACUAUGGUUGAAGAUGGUAGUUGUGCGCUGGAGUUCUCAGCUAGCAUAGAUGCAGUUCAUCAAGAGACAAGCUCAGGGAAGUUGCUCCUAUUGUCAGAUUCCAUUUCAUUUGGGCUUGAAGCUAGUGAAGUAAUUAACAGACCAGCAGAAGCUAAAGGAUCAGGGCUGACAACUGGGUCCAGGAUAUUGGGCAUCCACAGCAAGAGGAAUCGCACAAUUGGACUUGGUGAGCAUGAGCAACUAGAUUUCAUGGUCAACGAAUCAAUCAUCCGCUGGUCAUCAUGCACACAUCUUACUACUUCUCUCGUUUGCUGACCCAACAGUGUAUUACGUCGCUAAUUCCUGAUGCUUAGUGCCACUUCUGAUGGUUUGAUGAUAAUUUGGUUUUUACCGGUAUGUAGGAAGACUAAAAAAGGAGCAGUUUGCAUAAUUAACAUGCUUGUGUGGAGUCACAAGGUUAUGUAUUGUAUCCCUGUGGGCUGAUUGCUGAUGCUUGGUGCCACUUUUCACUAGCUUUGAGUAGGAGGUGUGAUGAUUGAUGUCUUGUAAGUUCGAAGGGUUAUGGAGAGUGAUUUUUCGAGCUUAGUGGUAGGUUGGAGAAGUGCCCGGUUAAUGGAUAAUGAGCUUGGCUGUUUUGUAUAAAGUGAUUGUUCACAUAA